UAUUUGUGAAUUAAAACAUCGAUAUCUAUAUUAUAAUUAUUAUUUUUGUUUGUUUGUUUGUGUGUGUAUUGAUCCAUCCAAUAGAGUCGGGGAAAGUUAGCAAUAAUGCCGGUCAAAACAUCAUCAUCGGGUGCUCAUCAACAGCAACAACAACAACAGGUUGAGCUCCAGACACUCAACGCCCAGAACCUGCAGCUCAAGACCAACAUCUAUGGCAAUCUACUGAUACCACCGCUGGGUGUCGACCAGAAAACCCGAAACAUGGAGUUUGCCGUCAAAGAUAAUAAUAAUAAUAAUAAUGGCAGACCUAAUAGCUACCAGUCCACACAGCAGCAUGCCAUUGAUGGGACAGCAGUCAAUCGUAACAACAGCGGUAGUCAUCCGACACCACUAGCAAAGACAGCCAGUCUAAUGAAACGGUAUGACUCGGGCUAUGGCUAUGACUCGAUGUUGUCGGUCGAGUCGUCGGCAUCUACCGGUGCCCUGUAUGAGGAGGAGGUGGAUGAUGACGAUAUGGAUCAGCUAAACGAUAUCGAAAGUAUCAAUGCUAACAAUCAAUUUGUAAUAAGCGAGUGGCAGACCUAUACCAACAAAAUCGGAUCGCCACCCAUGAGCCCGAUCUAUGAACCUAACAGUCCACCCAUACUAUCAUCAGCACAACAACAACAACAGUUGAAACGAUCGCUUAACAUACCGACACCGAUACCCGAAUCGCCGCCAGUAGUUGUAAGUCCUGGACAUCAACAGCAACUACAGGAACCGGAAAACAAAAAACGUAACGAAUUUAUCAGAAAAGUUGAACGAUUCGGGACAGACAUGAAGGACACGUGUCUGUUCCCGUUGGCCUUACCGAUGGACGGCAGCGACAUAUUCAAAGGGAAAUCCGAUUGGACCAGCAUAUCGAUGCUGGCCGAUUGUAUACUAAUUAAAUGGCUGGAAAACUCCAGGUCAAUGGCGGCAGCGGCGGACAGAAAUCGCCGUCCGGUCAACAGUUCGCUACCCGAUGCCAGUCGCUACAUGUGCCCGAAACCGGAACUGGAGGGCCGAUUGAUGAGCCAUCCGCAAGUGCGGCUACCGUUACGGCGGACAAACUCCGAGCUAGACUUUCAGCGACUCGGGUUUGUCGAACGGCGCGGUCUGGUCAGCUACCGGUCACCGUAUAGACAGCAACAGAGUACCGAUAGUUAUCUAUCGGCGGUGGCGUCGUCUUCGUCGACCGCUAAAGCCAGAGACGAUAUCGACCUGAAUGUCGGCACCGAUAGGGACUUACGUCGCACGCGAUCGCACACCAGUCUAUCGGUACGCCGCCGAUCGGUACAGUUUGCCGCCGGACCGCCUAAAUCGGGCAAAAAAGAUCGUUUCGAUCUGCGGGUGGGCGGCAAUCUGAAAACCGAUGCCAAAACACUGGUCCAGUCUAUCCGAUUGGAAAGUCCCGUAUCGCUGGCCCUACAGAUUACCCGUAUCGAGCGUGACCUGAUGUGCUCGUUGCCGGCCGACGAGGUCAUGUCGGUAGUACUACGCAAAGGUAAAUCGGUUUCAGACGACAGAAGCCGACUGACAAAAUUGCUGGAGUUUGGCCACGAAUUGAGUCAAUUGAUUGCCGAUAUUAUUGUCCGCGAAGUUACGGUCGAGGCUCAGGGCAAGAAAAUUGCGGCACUUAUUGAGGUUGGUUGUGUUUUGCGUAAACUACGUAACUGGCAGUCAUUGAAAAGUUUGAUACGUGGCCUACAAUUGCCGCACAUUUAUAGACUGAGCAAUGCCUGGUCGGUCACUCGUAAUAAAUAUCCCAUACAUUUCAAUGACUACAUCAAACUGGCUCAGGUAGUCCGCAAAGAUAACUGUGCAAUACUACGAUCCAGGGAGCCAUCAGUACCGUCGCUGACAUCAUUUAUAGCAUUAUUACGGGUCCGAUGUCUGGCCACAUGGGACCGUCUGGACAGUCAUCCGCGAUGGACAGAAUCGCCAUCAUUGGUCCAAUGGUUGGAACAGCAGAUGCUAUCGGCAAUUGCCGUCCAACAGUCAAUGGACUCAGCACUGGGCCGUCAAGUCGACAGAUUGCGCAAAAAAUAUCGGAAACAAAAACAAAUUGUUGCAGUUGUCGAACAAUUUUACGAAUCAUCUACCGGUGCGGCUACCGGUGCUGUCAAUGCCGAUAAUGAUGGGCAUCGACAUCAAGAGUCACAUAUGGACAGGUGUCUGAAAGAGUUGUCAUCGGAUGACAAUCGAUCGUUCAUACCUAUAGACGAUCCCAUCUAUUUUAUUGAGUCCGACCACUUGCCCGCUUCGUGGACACAACGAUCGGCCCGUAAUAUACCGGCCGAGUAUCAGCCAAGGAUUAUCCGAUGCUUUAAAAAUUCCUAUGAAUUGGAGAUAAAAUUGAUUAAAGGAUAUAAAAUGUCAUAAUUUUUUUGUUUGAAUUUUGUUUUAUUGUGUGUAUAGUUAUGGAUAUUAUU